AUGCGUCUCAAUUGCCUUGUAGCUGUGGCCAGUGUCAGUGCGGUACACGCCUGGACCGAGCUGCAUCAUGAUCCGUUCAUGAAUAAGAACAUCGAUCCUAUUGUUGUUCCCGGCACUUACUCCUCGCAUAUGCAUACCUUUUUUGGCUCCGACGCCGUCACUAAUGCUAUGCCCACAUCUGCUGAUUUGCAGAAGGGCUGCUACUCCGGCGAGAACCCAAACGACUUGUCUGCAUACUGGACACCUACUCUGUACUAUGUCAAAGGUGGUGAAUUUAUCGAAAUUCCCAUCUUCCGUCUCAGCACGUAUUACACCAAUGCCUUCUCCGAGAUUGCUAUUCCUCAAAACUUCGCGAUGAUCGCGGGAAAUGCGUCGGCCCAGACCCAAGCCGAAGCGGACCACCCUUACAACAACCUUGAGUGGUUCUGUGAGGGGACUGACGAGCGCGAGUCUGAAAUUUCCAAGUUUCCUACAAGCACCUGCUCCAAGAACCUCCAAGUUUCCCUGCGCUUCCCGAACUGCGUCAACCCGGACAAUCUCCUCCAGUAUGACUUUAGCGACAACUCCGAGAAAUGCCCCGAGGGCAUGAAGCGUUUCCCCCAGCUCCGCUAUGCCGUCAAAUACCAGACCAGCAAAGUCGUUCCAGAGGGUUGGAGUGGAAUUGCCCCUUUCCAGCUUUCCUGCGGCAAGGAAAUCGGCAACGGCCAUUGCUUCCACGGCGACUUCAUCAACGGCUGGUUUGAGGAUGCUGCCGAGACCAUGCUUGUGUCUGGUGGUAGCGGCUACAAUGAUGGCCAGUUCAUCGGUGGCGCGCUCGGCAUUGCCCCUGUUGCCGCCACGUGUACUCCAUCUGACCAGGACCCAGAGAACGGCACAGACGAUUUCCUCAAGAGUCAAGAAACUUUGGCGAACGGUAGUGGUGCUGUCGAUUCAUCUCCACAAUCCGAGACUGAGGCGGUCAGCUCCGAAAAUAUUUCCACUUCCGCUAGUGCCAGCACUCCGUCGCAGGCCACUAACAUCACUCCCUCCUCUCUCGUCGAUAUUACUGCCACGUCUACCCGUCUCUCCGCACCAAUUCCCAGGGCAACUGGUACCCGCAUCCGAAGUGAGCCUUGUACCACAAUUCUUUCCAGUCGUGCAUCCAAGCGCCGCGUUGGGCAUAAGUGGCGCCGUCACCACUGA